AUGACGGAGAACUUUCUGGGGGCCGUGGCAGCGCGUCCCAAGUGGCCGGCGAUCGCGGCGGUGGCGGCGGUCUGCGUGCUGGCCGGCGGCGGCGGGAUCGUCGCGCUGAAGAGCGGGGGGUCCGCUGGGGCCACGCGCGACGCUCCCGGGCAGGGCGUGGACGAGAGGCAGGUGCUGCUGCGGGCGCCGGACGGUGCUUCGCUGAGCGGCGGCGGCGGCCCCCGUUCGGGGCACUCCCCGAAGGAGGCGCCGCCUGAUGGCCGCGCCAGUGAAGAGUCACUGCCAGCUCCGAAAGCAGACGUGACGGCUGCGACAGCAUCCCCGUCGACGCACUUGUGGGACGAGGGCUUCGACCCCGUCAACGGAGGCGAUGGCCAGUCGUGCCACGGGCCGCAUGGCGAGUGGGACAACCCGUAUAGGAUCCACCAUUUGGUCGCGUCCCUCGAAAGUUGCCAGGACCUCUGUAAGAAAAGCUUCCGCUGCACGGGCCUCGGCUACAUCGAGAAAGAUCACCUCUGCGAGGUCUGGACGAAGCCGAUCAGUGGCAGUGACGCAGAGGAAGGCAAGCAGUGUUUUCGGUAUCUGCCGCAUGGCUUCAAGCCGAUGUCAGGUGGCGUAGACCGAGCAUGUGCAGUUGCCAAGAACGUCAAAGCUGAGAGUGGCAAGCAUUACGUUGAGCACAAAGUGCAUUCACUGUAUGAGUGUAAGGCCCGUUGCCAUGUCGCCGCUGAGUGCUUAGGAGUGGACUACGACAAAAGUUCGCGCACGUGCCAGAUUUGGAUCAAACCUGUGGUUGGAAGCAAGAAUGGGACAGAUCAUCUUUGCUUGCGCAAGGAACCUUCAGGCUUCAUGCCGCAGAAGGAAGGGCUGUACCACGAGUGCGCUCUUGACAAAAACGACGACGACACUCUGGAGCACUCGAAGGUGCACUCUGGCGAUAAGACUCUCUACGCAUGUCAGGCUCGUUGCGCACACUACGGUGCAAAGUGCAAGGGCGUCAACUAUGAUGGGAAGGCCGGCACCUGCGAGAUGUGGACGUUGCCGAUCAACGCUUCCAAGAAGAUCAGCAGCAAGAAUGCGUGUCUGCGCUUCGAGGCCCCCCCCGAGGACUCGCUCUACUGCGUCUCGCUCAUGGUGCCGUGGACGAACGAGCCGGAAAUGAUGGAGGCGCAGCUCAAGCAUCGGCUCGGCAUCUUCGCUUGCGACGGGUUUGCGGUGUUCAGCAACCCUGUUGUCAAGCUCGGCCAUCUUAAGACGAAACUCAUCGACAUGGACCUCCAUGCCGAGAGAGGCGGCGAGUACAAUACCUCGCUCAACACCCCCAUGUUUGUCAAGUUGUGGGAGAUGAUUGGCAGUGAGGGUACAUACAAGGACUACGGAUGGGUUGUGAAGGCCGACCCCGACACGGUGUUCUUCCCUGAACGUCUUCGCUGGAUCCUUAGUGUCAUCAAUCCGGUCACCGCUGUCUCGGAGAACGGUGCCUUCUUGAACAACUGCCAGCUCGGAAUGCAUGGUCCCCUCGAAGUCAUAAACCUCCGGGCGUUCGACACGUACUUGGGCGGGGCAUCCGCUUGCUGGCAAGCGGAGCAGGAGGACGUGUACAUUGAGAACUGCUUCCACCAGCUCGAGGUAGACAUGAUCAACAACUACGACACCAUAGCGGAGAAGGACUGCUGGCGCGAUGACUGGCACCAGUACCCGGACUGGGAGAAGUGCGAGACGUCCCACGCUGCGUUCCACCCCUUCAAGAGCGUCAAGGACUACCACGGGUGCUGGGGGCGUGCCAUGAAGGCUGGCAAUUGGCCGCCCGCACUUCUUCAUGACCACGUCAAUUGA